GCAUGGAGGCGGCGGGCGGCCGGGCGCCGGGCGGCGGCAGGCGCAGGCGUGGUGUGGCAGGGAUGAGGAGCCGGCAGCGGAUGUUUGCUGCGGUGAUGCGCCUGCUCCUCAAGUGCCUGCGGCUGGGCCGGCGGCGGCGCUUCAAGCUGGUGCGGCAGGUGGAGCAGCUGUGGCACUACGGGCACCUCUGCCUCCGCUCCUUGCUCUACAACUCCUUCACCAACGGCGAUGUGGUGCUGGACUCCCUCUUCGAGCCUGUCUACUGGCUGGUGGACCAUGUCACCCGGUGGUUCGGCGUGGUGUUUGUGGCACUGGUGAUUGGGCUGACGAGCUCUAUUGUGGCCAUCGUGUACAUUUGCCUGCUGCCCCUCAUCCUGCAGACCUACACACCUGCCUGGAUCUGCUGGCACCUUGCCUAUGGACACUGGAACCUCAUCAUGAUUGUCUUCCAUUAUUACAUGGCCAUCACCACCUCACCAGGGCACCCACCACAGGAAAUGCAUUGCCCCCAAGCCGGCUCGCACCCACCACUGCAGCAUCUGCAACAGCCCACAGAGCUGAGGGGGUGCCUAUCCCCUCCCAAACACAGCGCUUGUGCUGGCUCUGACACUGGUGCUGCUCUCCUCCCUCUCAGGUGCGUGCUGAAGAUGGACCACCACUGCCCCUGGUUAAACAACUGUGUGGGACACUACAACCACCGCUACUUCUUCUCCUUCUGCCUGUUCAUGACCAUGGGCUGCAUCUACUGCAGCAUCAGCGGCUGGGAGAUGUUCCGGGAUGCCUAUGCAGCCAUCGAGAAAAUGAAACUGCUUGACAAGGAGAGACUGCAGGUGGCUGCCAACCAGACCUACUACCAGACCCCACCACCCAUCUUCUCCUUCCGCCAGCGAGCUUUCCACAAGAGCGUGGUCUACCUCUGGGUCCUGUGCAGCUCGGUUGCAUUGGCCCUGGGUGCCCUCACGCUGUGGCACGCUGCCCUCAUCACCCGCGGGGAAACCAGCAUUGAGCGGCACAUCAACAGGAAGGAGAGGCAGAGACUGCAGAAGAAAGGCAAGGUCUUUAGGAACCCCUACAGUUAUGGCAGCUGGGAUAACUGGAAGGUGUUCCUGGGUGUGGAUGUGCCAAGGCACUGGCUCACCCGGGUCCUGCUGCCCUCUCGUCACCCACCCUACGGGACAGGCCUGAGCUGGGACCUGCCUCCCUGCGUGACAGAGCAGCGCGCACCGCUCCUGGCCAUCUGAGGCCCAGUGCUCCUGACAUCCCACCCUGCAGGAGGGGAGCGCACAGGGGACCCGCUCCACCGCUGCGGCUCCCUUUGGCCCAAGUGCCUGGCAGAAGGCUGGUGCUGGCACACGUUGCUGACUGGAGCCAGAGCCACGGGAAACUCCAUGGACAGUGUCGGUGCCUGGAUGCCUGCCCUCUUGGCUCUUGGUGGCUGCAGGCAGCCCCGGGGGAAGGCGGCAGAGCUGCCGCUCCUCACUCCAGCUGAAGGUGCUGCCCUCACUUGUACAGGUACAGGCCAGCACAGGCCCAGCUCAGCUCUCCAGAGCGCUGGGCACAGAAGAUGGCACUCCCGUCCCCCAAGUACUCCCCAGGGAGCCUUUUAGAGACCAUCCACUAAAUACUUGGUUUUUUUAA